UCUCUGGGUCUGGAAUUAAUUGUAGCUAUAGCUGUCUACUCUAGUUGCUGAGAGGGGAGGUUGUUGUGUUUAUUUUGAAGGGACAUGAAGUAGUUGAUUCAUUUUCUCCCCUGGCUUCUUGCUUAUAUUUAUAUAUGUAUAUAUUUACCCCCCUAUAAUUAACACCAAUAUUAUGUGCGUUUUGUUUUUUGCUACAUGACUUACAAGUGUUUGGAGACAUUGGUGCGACAGAGCCCUGAGCGCUGCUCCGGCGACUACUACUACUACUACUACUACUACUACUACUCCUCCUCGGCUGCCGCUACUCCACCUGAGUGCCCUGCUUCCAUCUUUGUGAUAUGUUGGACAUGGGGGAAAGGAAGGAAGUGAAAAUGAUCCCCAAGUCAUCCUUCAGCAUUAACAGCCUGGUGCCUGAAGCGGUCCAAAAUGACAACCACCCUCAGCCUCCUCAUCACCACCACCACCACCAUCAUCACCAGCUGGCACAGCAGGCACACCACCUCCAGGGCCACCACAGACCGGUGCAGGAAGAGGACGACCUGGACAAAAGCCUCUUGGAGGUGAAAACUGAGAGUUUACCAGCCGGCAAGGUGGACUCAGCCUCCUCUGAGAUGCCGGGAGGAGAUGACAAGGAGAAAGCAGAGGAGAAGAAGGUCGAUGGUGGUGGCGGCAAAGAUGGGGAGAAUGGCAAAGAAGGGGAAAAAAAGAAUGGCAAAUACGAGAAGCCCCCCUUCUCCUACAAUGCCCUCAUCAUGAUGGCCAUCCGCCAGAGUCCAGAGAAGCGCCUGACCCUCAAUGGCAUCUACGAGUUCAUCAUGAAGAACUUUCCUUACUACCGGGAGAACAAGCAGGGUUGGCAGAACUCCAUCCGACACAACCUCAGCCUGAACAAGUGUUUUGUCAAAGUACCUCGUCACUACGAUGACCCCGGCAAAGGGAACUACUGGAUGUUAGACCCCAGCAGCGAUGAUGUCUUCAUUGGUGGGACCACUGGGAAGCUCCGGAGGAGGUCUACAACAUCUAGGGCCAAGCUGGCAUUCAAGCGAGGGGCCAGGCUCACCUCCACAGGACUGACCUUCAUGGAUAGAGCCGGCUCCUUGUAUUGGCCUAUGUCCCCUUUCCUCUCCUUGCACCACCCAAGGGCCAGUAGCACUUUGAGCUACAAUGGGACCACCUCAGCCUACCCCAGCCACCCCAUGCCCUACAGCUCAGUGUUGACUCAAAACUCUUUGGGGAACAACCACUCUUUUUCUACGUCCAAUGGCUUGAGCGUAGACAGACUAGUCAAUGGGGAGAUCCCCUAUGCCACCCACCAUCUCACAGCCGCUGCCCUCGCUGCCUCUGUGCCCUGUGGGCUGCCAGUCCCCUGCUCUGGUACCUACUCCCUAAACCCUUGCUCCGUCAACCUUUUAGCUGGACAAACGGGCUACUUUUUCCCCCAUGUCCCCCAUCCCUCCAUAACUUCCCAAAGCAGCACUUCAAUGACAGCCAGAGCAGCCUCUUCCUCCACCUCACCCCAGGCUCCCUCCACCCUUCCCUGUGAAUCUCUCAGACCAUCCUUGCCAAGUUUUACAACAGGACUAACGGGAGGACUUUCCGAUUAUUUCACACAUCAAAAUCAGGGUUCAUCUACCAACAGUUUGAUACAUUAACAUCCAUUGGAGCCAGACUGUGAGUGAACAUUUUACACAAAUUUCAAAUUGUACAUGGAUAAAAAAAACAAAAAAGAAUGCUAAACUGAAUGGAAAAAAAUAAUUCAAGCGAACAAAACAAACAAACAAACAAACAAAAAAAAGACAAGUCCAGGUAUUUUUUAUGAAGUCCCCCCCUUAUUUUGUGUACGUCUGUUGAGUCUCUAGGGUUCUUUCUUUAAUACUGGGAUGAGGCCAUGGGAAAGAAAAGUGGGAGCACUCUGACCUCUGGGAAUCUCAUAUGAUAGAAUGUAGAACUGAUUUCUAUAUAGUGUCAGCUUUUCUUUUCAGUACAAUGUUCUUAUCCUCAUCAUUCUCAUCCCCCCCCCCCCUAGUGUCCAGAGACCCAUGUCUGCAGUAUUAUCAGUUUUCAUAGACUCUGGAUCUAGUAAAAUCUAUAAAUUGUCAUCAUUUGUUUUAAUCAUCUGUAAUUCGAGUACAGCUAGCUGCACAAUUCUUAUUUUUUUUCCCACCCAUUUAUCCUUUUUAACAUAAAAAAAACACUACAACAUGGGUUUUGUUUACUUUUAGACCAAAGAUUGGGAUGUAGAACAAUGCAGAAUGUACUGAUCAUGAAUGGAAAAUCUACACAGCAAUUCACAGUCUGCAGCAAAAUACAAAUUAUUAAUAUUAUUAUUUCAAUGACUUGAGGGGGAGGGAGGGGGGGGGGGGGACAACAACGAUACUGCCUUCUAUUUGUGUUGUGUAUAUUACGGUGUAUGUGCUCACUAACCGGUCGGUCACCUCUUUUUUUUUAUUUUUUAUUUUAAUUUUUUUUUUUUUUUUUUUAUGUAGUGAAACGUUUUAAAAAAAAAAAACAAAAAAAGACGAUUGUACUUCUAGGUAAUCCUUGCAAAAAUAUGUAUAACCCGUGUUGAGUAAAAAUGCAUCGAUUUGAGUGAUUGUUAUUGUUGUCUUAAGAUUUCUUGAUUGUGAUAAUGUGGUCAUAUGCCCGUGUUUGUCACUUAUACAAAUGUUUACUAUGGAGACACAGAAAUAAACAUAGG